UGGUCAUUUCAAUGGCUCUCCGAGCAACAAUAAUACUGAGGAAAAAUUCUCCCCCUUUCCCUUCUCUCUUCACCAUCUCCACCCCCUCCCUUGCCCAUCACCUGCUCCACCACUUCUCCCGACCACUUCAUCUCCGUGACCCCGCCCACCUCCGAACCCUCGCCUCCGCCCUCACUCCCGACGCCGUCGAGGCCGUACUGCGCGACCUCCAGAGCUGGCGAUCCGCCCAUGAGUUCUUCCUCUGGGUGUCAUCGCAACCCGGCUUCCGCCACUCCUGCUACACCUACAACGCCAUGGCCUCCAUCCUCUCCCGCGCCCGCCAACCCUCACUUCUCCGAUCACUCCUCCCUGAAAUCCUCUCUCGCAAAUGCCCCAUGACCCCUGGAGCACUGGGUUUCCUGAUUCGCUGCGUCGGGAGUCAAGGAUUGGUCGAUGAAGCUGAAUUCUUGUUUGAUCAUGCCGAGGAGUUGAGCUGCGUUCCCAAUUUGUACACUUAUAACUGUUUGAUCGAGGUGUUGGCGAAGGUUGGUAGGGUGAGGAUGGUGGAAUUGAGAUUCAGGGAGAUGAAGAAUCCUGAUAAGUAUUCUUUCACUGCGAUGUUGCGGGCUUACGGCAAUGCUGGCAUGUUGGAGGAUGUGUGGAAGGUUUUCAAGGAGCUACAUGGCAGAGGAUGGGUUGAUGAGCAUGUUUUCACUAUUGUUGUUGUAGCAUUUUGCAGAUGGGGAAAGGUUGAUAAGGUUUUUGAGUUGGUGGAAGCUAUGGAGGGUCUUGGAAUGAGGUUGAAUGAAAAGACCUUUCGUGUCUUGGUUCAUGGGUUUGCAAAACAAGGGAGUGUGGAGAAGGCAGUUGAGAUGUUUAAGAAAAUGAAGCCUGCAGGUUUUGAUGGGGAUUUGAGGCUGUACUGUGUUCUGAUUGAGGGGUUUUGUGUGGGGAAAGCUGUUGAGAAUGGUUUGGCACUGUAUCGAGAGAUGAAGAACAGUGGGAUCAGUCCUGAUAAUCGAUUGAUGAAGAUGAUGAUCUCGUCACUCUGUGGAGCAGGUGACAUGGUGAAUGCGAACUCUUUGCUUGAGGAAGAGGGGGAUAAGGCAAGUUUGGCUAGUUUAGUAUCACUUUAUAAUGCAAUUCUUGAUGGAAUGAUCAGGUUUGGUGACGUUGAAAGAGCUCAUUUGCUAUUAAGGUCAAUGAUGGCCAACCAGAACUCCUUGGUGGCACAGAAGGAUGGAGAUGAGUGUGAGAGCAGGGAAUUUGAAGGGGUUGUAUCUGAAAGUUUAUUUAGGAUCAAGAAAUCUGUGUUGCCAAAUGAUGAGUCUUUUAGCAUUGUUAUCUGUGGUUUGUGUGAGGGUGACAAGCUGGAUAAGGCCUUGGUGCUUUUUGAUGACAUGAUUAGUAAUGCUCGUAAAGGGAAUCUAUUGAUGCAUAAUAAUUUGAUCAAUAAGCUUUGUAGUGUUGGUCGAUUAGAGGAGAGCUAUAAUAUGCUCAAUAAGAUGAGGGAGCUUGGUUUUGUGCCCACGGAAUUCACUAACAAUUCUAUAUUUUAUUGCUUAUGCAAAAGAGGAGAUUCAUCCACUGCCAUAGAUUUACUUAAGGAAAUGCGAUGUCAAGGCCAUGUGCCAUGGAUAAAGUACUGUACCUUAAUUGUGCAGCAGUUAUGUAAGCAGGGAAAAGUGGAUGAAGCUUGCUCUUUUCUAGAGGAAAUGGUUCAGAUUGGUUUUCUUCCUGAUAUGAUUGCAUAUUCCGCCGCCAUUGAUGGAAUGUGCAGGAUUGGAGAAAUGGACAAAGCCUUGAAAGUUUUCCGAGACGUUUCAUCAAGCUGUUACCUCCCUGAUGUUGUUGCGCAUAACAUUGUGAUCAAUGGAUUCUGCAAGGCAGGAAGAUUAGCUGAUGCGGAAGCAAUUUUGAAUGAGAUGAUAGAUAAGGGGAUUGUUCCUUCCGCUGUUACCUACAAUUUAAUGAUUGAUGGUUGGUGCAAGGCAGGCAGGAUGGACAAGGCACUUGCUUGCUUGUCAAAAAUGAAUGAUGAAUCAGAGCCACCUUCAGUGGUCACAUACACUAGCUUAAUAGAUGGAUUUUGCAGUGUUGGGAGAACUGAAGAUGCUUUGCAGUUGUGGAAUGAAAUGCAGGAGAAGGGAUGCCUUCUGAAUAAAAUUGCUUAUAGUGCUCUUGUUUAUGGACUAUACAAGUGUGGUAGGGCAGACGUGGCCCUUUCAUAUUUCCAUGAGAUGAAGGAGAGGAAGUUUGAGCCUGAUGCUUCUUUAUGCAUUUUGAUGGUAAAUUCUUUGCUGUUGAAAGGAAAUUUAGUCAGUGCAACGGAAUUCCUAAAACAAGUACGACCAAUGGUUGAAUCUAUCACAACUGAUUCUAAGGAUUACCGCCUGAUGAGAAAAGCAGUGUAUGAAUUGUCGACAGAUGUCAUUAUUUCUUUGGAUAAGAAGACUCCACUGAUUCAAAGUGUUUCUGGCAUUAAGGAGGAUAAUUAUAAAUAAAAUGUACUUCCAAUGCCUACUACAUUAGCCAUCUGCUGCAGCGUGGCAGCCAUGUCCAGUGCUUUCGCUAGUUUUGGAUGCUGGAUCAGUUCUACCUGUACAGUUUUUUGGAUUCUAACUGUUUCAUGAGAAGAAAAGACUUCGUCAUGAACUGCUUUUUGCAUCCGGUCACUUGCCGCAACACCAACCAAUAGUCUUCACUAUGACAAGAGAUGAUAGUGGUAAUGUGAAUUCCUAUCAAGAAGCUUGACCUUCAGCAAUAAGCAUAAGCGGCUAAAAGAAGAAUGGAUUAUCGACGACAUGAAGAAGAACAUCUGUCUGACUGAAAACAUAUCAAUUUUGCAUGAGACUUGACAAUGUGAGUUUCAGCCAAUUAUAAAUACGAAGCAUCUUUUUUUUCCUUGGUAAACUAUAUGGAUGAGCAUCUCUGCUAAUACCAAGUGCAAGAACUUUCGUGUUGAAUAUCUUCAAUGGUACGACAUGCAGAAAGGGCCUUGCUUGAUUUACUUUCUCAAGCUUCUCUUCUAAAUAUGACUAUGCCGGCAAUUUACAUGGCUCCUGAAGUUGCAGCUAAUGGUUCUACUUUGUCAAGAUCCUAAUUUGUAUGAUCGCACAAGUGAGGAAUCAUGUCAGGAAGCUUUAUCUUCACAAGUAUUUCCUGUGGCUCUCCUGUGCAUUGGCUUGAAGUUGGGCAUAAGUGUUUUGAAAACCUGACCGGACCGGCCGGUCCGACCGGAAAAACCGGGAACCGGACCACAGUCUGGUCCGGGUUAAUACCAAUUUUUGACUAAGUUUGGAACCGGUUAAACCUGGAUAAAACCGGAACUGGGAAAAACCCGGUUUUCUGAUUUUUUUUUUUUUGAAUUGGGUCUAAAGGCCAAGCUCUCUCAAUCUCUUCUUCAUGUUCUUCUUGCUCAUGGACCUUGUCUUUGUUUCUUCUUAUGUUUAUUGUUGGCAUGUUGGGUGGUUGUUUUUUUAAUUUUUCUACUUUAUUUGGUUAAAGAAUUUGGCAUUAAUAAAGUUGUGUGUGUAUAUAUAUAUUA